AACCAUGACUUCCGGGGGGCAGUAAAAGGGGGCUGGUGAGAGCAGGGGCACUUCUGUUGGCUGAGACACUGCGUGACAAAUAAAUGCAUAAAUCGGCAGCGAUUCAGUUUUAUCUUUUAGUUAUAUGUUCUCGAUAUCAUCCCACCUCCAUCAUCCGCAGACGGGUCUCUCGCAGGAGUGAAGAUGAAUAAGCAGCCCAGUAAAGAGUCUCUGCGGGACCGGGUCAAGGGGAUCUUUGGCCUCGGUCCGACUCGGCCCCACAGCAAACAGACCGAGAGCAAACCGUCAGAGUUCAUCAUCACGCUGGACAUCCUGAUGGAACUCAGUGCAGAGUACAGCCUCCACCACCGGAUCAGAGUCAUCAACCACGUGUGCGAACUCGCCAAAUCCAAGAAGUUUGAGGAGCAUGCGGUGGAGGCCGUGUGGAAGGCCGUGGAGGACAUGAUGCAGCCUGAACAGCCGCCUGAAGCCCAUCAUGCAGUGCUGGUGCUGCUGAGAGCCAUUAUACAGGGACAGGGUGAGCGCUUGGGUCCGCUCAGAGCAUACUUCUUCAAGAUCAUUCUGGACUAUCAGCCCUCUAAUGAAGAUCUGGCUGAGAGACUGGAGGUGUUCAAGGCCCUCACGGAGAACGGGAAAGACAUCACCUACCUAGAGGAGGAGAUCGCUCGGUUUGUUCUGCUGUGGAUGGACAUCGGUCUGUCGUCAGACUUCCUGCAUGUCCUCGUGAACUUGGUCAAAUUCAACUCCUGCUACCUGGAUGAGAACGUCUCCCUCAUGGUCCAGAAAAUCUGCCUUCUGUGUAACCGGACAACUUCCUCCACAGAUAUUGAGGUUGCGCUGCAGGUGUUAGAUGCUGUGGUGUGUUAUAACUGCCUGCCCUCCGACUCUCUGACGGUGUUCAUCAUCACACUGUGCCGAACUGUUAACGUGAAGGAGUUCUGUGAAUCCUGCUGGAAGUUGAUGCGUAAAGUGCUGGGAACUCACCUGGGUCACAGUGCCAUAUACACCAUGUGCCGUAUCAUGGAGGAGAGGGUGUACAGUGAGGACGCCGCUCUUCUCAGGGGUGCUGUGUUUUUUGUUGGCAUGGCGCUGUGGGGAGCUCACAGACUUCCUGCCCUCAAAAACACGCCCACUCUGGUCCUGCCCUCCUUCUACAAGGCCAUGAGCUGCGCGAAUGAGGUGGUGUCCUAUGAGAUUGUGCUGUCGAUCACACGACUUAUCAAGAAGUACGGCCGAGAGCUGCAUGUCGUGACGUGGGACAUCCUGCUGUCCAUCAUAGAGAGACUCCUGCAGCAGAUACAGACGAUGGGCAGCCCUGAUCUGAAGGUGAUCGUUUAUGAGUUACUGAGCACCGUCGAGGAGCUGUACGAGCAGAAUGACUUCCACGGAUCCUCGCAGAGAUUCUUCAGCCUGGUGGAGAAGUGCGCUGAUAAACGUCCCGAUGCGUCUGUGCUGACGCUGAUUUCCUACAGAGCUCAGUCCAUUCAGCCGGCCAAAGACGGGUGGCUGCAGAACCUGCUCAAACUCAUGGAGAAGUUCUUCAGGAAUGAGAGCCGUACUGUGAUCAGGAUCAAGGUUCUGCACAUCCUGUCCUUCGUGCUCAGCACAAACCGACAGCUCUAUGAAGAGGAGCUGAUCGAGGUGGUGGUGAUUCCUCAGCUGGGUCAGAUCGCUGAAGACCGAGAUCUGUCCGUCAGGAAACAAGCCACACAGCUGCUGGUGGAUCUCGCCGAGGGCUGCAGCACGCAUCACUUCAGCAGCCUGCUCGACAUCAUCGAGAAGUUGCUGGCCGUCGGUUGCCGUCUUUUUAUUUGGUGUGUGGAGGGAGAGAGAGAGCUCUCAGUGGAGUCGCCCAUGGAGGACGUCCGCACCGCUAUACUGGGUCUGCUAGACAUCCUGCAGAGUAAACUGUACAGUCUGCCGGCCAGUCACGCCAGUCGAGUGUACGAGCUGCUGAUUUCUCAUCUGCAGCUUCACUACAAGAACAAAUACUACAGUGCCGCCGGGAGCUCCAUACGCCUCAAGGUUUUUGAUUUCUUACUGAUGAUGAGGGCCGACUCUCUUCAUCGUCUGGGUGUCCCCAAUAAAGAUGGAGUCCUGAGAUUUAGCCCAUACUGUCACUGUGACGUCGGGGAGUCGGAGAAGAGAGUGACUGAUAAGAAGCCAACAGGAACUGUGGCAUCGCCGACAGGAAGUCCCACACCGGCGGCUCCGCCCUCCUCCAUUCGCACUGCCUUUCUGCCCUACAGCCUGGCCUUCAGCGUGCUGCUACAGUGCCUCAAGAUGGAGACUGACUGGAAGGUUCUGAAGCUGGUUCUGGAUAAGAUGUCCUGCACCAUUCAGUACAAAGUUCUAAUCCGGACCUCACCCUGCAACAUCGAUCAUCUGUGCUCCACUCUCUGCUCCAUGGUGACAGACCGUCUGAUAUCGGAGCGUUUGAAGAAGACUCCUGAUGGAUUCUCCCUCACUGAUGUUCAGCUCGCUGUGGUUCCUGUUCUCACUGCCCUCACCUCCUACCACAGCUACCUAGAGCAGUCCCGACAGAGGGAGCUGGUCCAGUGUUUGGAGAAGGGCCUGAUUUACCGCUGUGCUAAGCAGUGUGUGGUGGCUCUGACCAUGUGCACCGUAGAGAUGCCCGACAUCAUGAUCAAACUCCUGCCCGCCCUCAUCGUCAAGCUCACGCACAUCUCGGCAACCGUUGCCAUGGCCUCGCCCAUGCUGGAGUUCCUGUCCACAUUAGUGCGGCUCCCACAUCUGUAUGCUAACUUUGUAGCCGAGCAGUACGUUAGCGUGUUUGCCAUAUCGCUGCCGUACACCAACCCCUCAAAGUUUAAUCAGUACAUAGUGUCUCUCGCCCAUCAUGUGAUCGCCAUGUGGUUCAUACGCUGCCGACUGGCUUUCAGGAAAGACUUCGUUCAGUACAUCACCAAGGGUCUUCGUUCAAACGCUCUUCUGCCGUUCGAUGACACUCACGAGCAGAGCAGCUUUAGAGCGCGCAGCACCAGCCUGAACGAGAGGCCCAAGAGUUUGCGGACGACCAAAGUGGCGAAGCAAGGCCCCAGCGCAAACUCUCCCGUUAAAGACCUGAAAGAUCUGUCGGCCAUGGACGCCUUCCGCUCCCGAAGCAUCAGUGUGUCCGAGCAUGCGGUGCGCAGGAUGCAGACGUCCAGCACCACCUGCAGCCUGGGCUCGGCUGACGAGAACGCGGUGAUGCAGGCGGACGACGCGCUCAAGACGGUCCAUCUGGAGCUGACGGAGACCUGCCUGGACAUGAUGGCGCGAUACGUCUUCUCCAACUUCUCUGCGCUGCCCAAGAGGUCUCCCAUCGCAGAGUUCCUGUUGUCCGGUGGCCCCAGUAUGACUUGGCUGGUUGGGAAUAAGUUAGUCACCAUAACGACCAGCGGCGGCUCGCGAACCCAAGCCCUUCUGGGUCUGGACAUGGCUGAGAGGCCCGGAGGAGGAGAAAUGACCAGGUCUGACCCGUCAUUACACCACCCCGACAGAGACAGUUGGGGCCGUGUGCGCUCCAUAUCAGGUGGUCACGCUCUGCGGGCCGGUCCGGCUCAGAGUCUCAGUCCUCUGGUGGCGUCUCCUGAGGGUGAGUACAGCGGCCCGCUGCCCCCGCCGGGGCCCCCGCUGGAGGUGCUGGGGUCCCAGAGAGGAGUGGACGAGCACCCGACGCCCUCUGCCUCGCAGUCCUCAGCGCCGCUCAAAGACAAGUCCAGCCUGGCUGAGUUUGUGCCCAUGCUGACGCAGGGCUGGGCCGAGAUCUUCAUCCGCAGACCCUCAGGUAACACCAGCUGGCUGAUGUGUCUGGAGAACCCGCCGAGCCCCUUCUCGUCUGAGCUGGGGAACAUCCCGCUGCAGGAGCUGUCCAGUGUGCUGAUGGCCAUGGACGGGGUGAAGGAGCCCCAGAGCGAGGCCCCUGUGCCCCAGCUGCAGGGCAGGCCCUGCCCCAUCCAGCGCUCCAACACUGUGGGCUCUCUGGGCUCUCUCUGCUCCCCCGAAACACCCGGCAGGUUACACAGGAGUAUAUCGUGGGCAGAUUCGGUUGUGUUGGAAGAAGCUGGACGGAGCAGAGCGAUUGUGUCAGCAGCUGAGUCCAGUGAGCUGGAGGAGUUCGAGGCCGUAGCGUCUGAACCCAUCAUCAUGAGCGCCGCUACAACACCAGCCGGAUUACUGAGCAGAUCCUCCUCCACCUCCAGUCAGGACGAUGAGAAGUCGACUCUGGAGGAGGUGAGUGAGGGCGGUAUCCCCAUCGAUCAGCCUCCGCUGGCCCUCUCCACACCGGGACAUCAAGAGACUGAUGUCUCAUUAUCUCAGGCCACCACCCUGAGCAAAUCCAGCUCGUCCCCGGAGCUGCAGACUCUCCCCGAGGCCUUCACCAAGGCUGCGGUCCAGAGCGCCGCCGGCGGAGACCUGCUGAGCUCCAGGAUCCCGACGGUCCAGGCCGGCGAGAGAGAGGCCUCAGGAGAGAGCGUUAUAUCAGCCGGCCCGUCCAGCUCCAGCGCUAGCGUCUCCGUCUCCUCAUCCUCCACCUCCAGGAUGAGGCUGGAGUUUCCCACGGCUCAGCCGGGACCCCUGUCUCCCGCUGGACACAGACCCCGCGGACACACCAUCUCAGUGUCCGCACCCUCAUCCCGCAGGGAGAGAAAGAUGGACCGAGACUCGUACCACAACCGAGGAGCUGCAUCCAACACAGAGAAGAGCUCAGGACUCAGUCCCAGCUUCGUCUUCCUGCAGCUCUAUCACUCUCCGUUCUUUGGCAGUGAAGCCAACAAACCCCUCCUGCUGCCCAAAUCUCAGCUGAUCGAUCGUGCCGUUAAAGUCCUGGAUCAGAUGCCUCCGUAUGACACUCACAAGAUCGGGGUGGUGUUUGUUGGAGCCGGGCAGGCGAAUAACGAGGUGUCGAUCCUGUCCAACGAGUACGGCUCCAACCGCUACGCUCAGUUCCUCACGGGCCUGGGAAAGCUCAUCCACCUGAAGGACUGCGACCCCGACCAGAUCUUCCUGGGAGGACUGGAUCAGUACGGAGACGACGGAGAGUUCACCUACUGCUGGCACGAUGACAUCAUGCAAGCGAUUUUCCAUAUAGCCACUCUGAUGCCGAACCGCGAGAGCGACAAGGGCUGCUGCAAUAAGAAACGCCACAUUGGGAACGACUUUGUAGUGGUGGUUUACAACGACUCCGGAGAGGAGUACAAACUCGGCACCAUCAAGGGCCAGUUCAACUUUGUGGAGGUGCUUAUAAAACCUCUGGACUACGAGAGUAACCUGGUGACGCUGCAGUGCCGGAAAGAUCUGGAGGGUUUGGUCGACACCAGUGUGGCAAAGAUCGUUUCUGACCGCAAUCUACCGCUGCUCGUGAGACAGAUGGCACUCCACGCCAAUAUGGCAUCGCUGGUGCAUCAGUGUAGAGCGAACCCAUCAGAUGCCUACGCUUCAAAAUGGCUGGCGAGAUUGAGACACAUCAAGAGGAUCAGGACACGGGCUCAGGAGGAAAUUCAGUCGCGCCCCACUCACGCAGUCUCUCUGACCCAAAGCCACGCCCCCAUGCAGAAUAAACCCGCCCACCAGCCCUCCGGCUCUGCUGCGAACCCAGACGCCGGCCAGAGGAAGAGGCUUGUGUCCACCGUCGACGAUUUCACAGACUUUGUCUAGCGAGAGACCCGUGACGUGUUUUAAACUGAGACCGAGAGACGCUGCGUUCCCAUCAGUCCAGACCAACCAAUCCAACCCUGAAGGCGGAGGGCAGUGAGGUUUGGUGUUAGUAAGAUUUGAUCACCUUUAAAACCACCCAACGUGCCACAGGAAGUAAGAGAGCUGCUCAGCCGGGACACAGCUUCACUCAACGCUGUGACUGUAUGAAUGAAUUUCACAAAGCGCUGCUCCGACUGCUGACAGAUGGAUGUAAACGCACGCACAGGCAUUAUCAGCAGCCGUUUUUAGCAGUACGACUAAAUUGCACACGCACACGGUUAACACGCUUUCCUGUCUCUGCCCAUCUUCAUCCACACGUUUCUUUCUCUAGAGAGCAAACUUGUGUUCACACACUCAUUUUCUCUUGUUGUUUUUCUCUAAAUAUAUCAAAAUGGUCUGUGUUAUUAACGGUCCAACCGUUUUGCUUGGUUCCUGUUGUUUUCUUUGUGUGUGAUGGUUAUUGCUUAUCUAAUGAGUUUUUGAUAGAACAACAGAUUCGCAGAACAACAGCUAGUGUACGGUAAACCACAUCAGAAGUGUGUGCAUGUGUGCGCUUCGCUACCAAAUAAAACACUGAAAUGUGCAAAUAC